GGGCGCACAACCCUAGAGUCUGUCAAGACUGGCCCGUACGGGCAGGGGUACCUUUACCUUUAUUGCCUGCAUUGCUGACACACAUGUAAAGAAGCAGGAAAGUUUUGGCACUUUUAAGUCAGUGGUUUUUAUUCACACAACAUUCCCAGUUGUGCCUCAGCUGUGUCAUAUCUACGGGAAACUGCCCAGAAUAGACCCACAUCCCAUUUCAUUCUGGGGGGUGCAAUAUAAAUUCAACCAAUAAAAUAAUGAUAAGUGAGUGUCCAGCUUGGGAACGUUCUUUGGAAGCUGAACGUCCGACAUGGUUUCCUUCUAAGUGCAGGAAGCUCCGGCAGCCAAUCGGAAGCCGUCCCUUGCCUCCCCCCCCCCUUCUAGAACCCACCACUCUCAACCAACUCUCAACUGCCUCCCCCCCAACAUUCAGACUUACUUUAAUAGCCUGAAAGGACCCUGCAUCUUUCUACAGCUGGUAUCCACCACUAUGGCUGAGUUUCGCAAAGCUUCUCAGGCAGGAAGGGCACAGCAGCUGCUCUGGCGCCGUGGGGAACCAUUAGAAAUCGUGGGCCGUGGUUUGGAAGUGCCGGUCAGGGCUCCGGCCAAGCAGCAGCCCAGCGGUGCCACGUCCCAAACCAACAUCUGCAGGCGAGAGGCCGGCCAGAGCAAAGGGGGAAAGGCUCCCAGCUCAGUGUGGGAGCCUUUCCCCAACACGUAUUUUGUUCUGGCCAAAUCCCUGGAGAGGCGUGGCGAACAUCAGGGCCACGCCUCCAGGGAUGAGGCUCCAGCGCCAGCUCCCGGAAUGAAGAACCGAACAUCCCGGCGGUUCCCGGCUGUCGUCCCUCGCGGCGCGUCCCCACUGCCCCUCCUCCGUACGGGCAUGGCUCCAUCCCGGCCCGGUUUGGCACAGAAGCAGCAGCCAAAGUUUCCUCCCAUUAAAACAGCUUCUCAGGUGAGGGAGGAGACUUUGGCUGUUGCUUCUGUGCUAGGCCAGUCGGACGCCCGUACGGUGGAGAAGUGGGGAGCCCUGAUAAGAUCAGCGAGGGAGAAGUUCAGCCGUGGAACCGCCGCAUUCCUCCGGGAGGGACUGGAGCCCAGACGACGGCCUCUCGCCCCUGAGGAUCUCGAUCGUGCACCGCUGUGGCUGCUGCCCAAGCCUCCCCCUAAAAGACCAGCUUGAGGAUUCCACAGCUUGACGAAUUCCAGAGCGUUUGGAUCUUAGCUGAAGGACUGUAUUCCGGUUUCUGGUUUGUCAGCUGCUGAAGCAUUUGAACGCUUUACAAAUAGAGGCUUUACAAAUGUGAAGAGCGAACUUUUCCCUGUUCAUCCUUUGGACACACCGGAUACUUUUGUUCUUGUUGUUGUUGCUAAAUCAAUAUAAGAGGAAUUUUUCUACUCUGAGAAAUAUUCCGGGGCUGCAUGCACCGCUGAAGCUGCAGAUGGAAUUCCAAGCAGUGAAGCUGCUCCAGCAUCUUCCUUUCCUUCCUAGUUCUAACUUGUCCCUGGAUAUCUGGAAAGGCAACUGUGACUGCAUUGGUUUUGAGGAUAUUCUGAACGACCCGGCACAGAGUGAAGGAAUGGGGGAUCCUCAUCUUUUGGUUGAACACAAACUUGAUUUCUUAUAAUGCGCACAUCCUCCAUCCUUCUGUUCAUGAAAAUAUUUCUUACCUGUGUCCCUGUGGGUUCAAGUAAACCAUAUAAGCAGUAGUUGUACAGCACUUGUUUAGAUACACACAAUGUCUCACCUACCUUGAUGAAAAAAAGGCACAUUAAAUGCUUAAAUAUA